AUGCAAAUCAACCCCAUCCUCUGGCUCUACGCCCUCCGACUAGGCCAGGUCGCAGGCGGCUUCAGCAUCCUCUUCUCGCCCAUCAUGCUCCUCGACCCAGAAUACUCUCCAUACGCCUUUCCAAUGAUUGGCCUCGGGGUACUGUUCAUCGCCCUCCCUUACAGCAGUGCUUUCAAGAGGGUCAUGAAUGCUGGCUACGAAGACAGUAACAAACGCAACGGUGCGGGUGACAAUGGCGAGAACCGGCAGAAGAAGAGGCAGCGGCAGCGGCAGGAGCGCAAGAAUCCGAACGGUCUUACUUGGAGGCGAUGA